AUGGCGUGGAUCGUAAAUCCUGAUUCAGAAAGUAAAUGCGGUUCACCCCUGCAAAGUCAAUCAACUGAACUGGAGUAUGGGGCAAAUGCAGACAGAUCACAGAAAUACUCCAGGUGUGAAAGCAGCCUUAGAACAGACAGUCGGGAGUCUGAGACUGACAGCUGGAUGAGUGAGGAAGAUGACGUGGCCCGGAGGAUUUCUGUUCUAACCAGAGGCAGAACACUUGUUUCUGAAGACGAGCUGACUCAGCUGACUCACAUUAUGCCAUCGCUGACUGGGGUAGAUCUGAGGUCUCGUCUCAGAGUUCUGAUCCAGAACCUUCGGAGGCAGAUUGAAGAGCAAGAGAUCCUGAAAGAGUUUGUGGCUUUAGAACACAUGAAACCGCUCGAUGGCUGCCGAGUUGGGAAAGCGCCAGAAAACCGGGAGAAAAACAGAUACCGAGAUAUCCUUCCAUAUGAUGCGACACGGGUUCCUCUUGGAGCAACCAGGGGCUAUAUUAAUGCAAGUUACAUCCGAACGCAUAUUGGAGAAGAGGAACAUUUCUAUAUUUCAACACAAGGGCCUCUGCCUUGCACUGUGGCUGAUUUCUGGCAAAUGAUUUGGGAGAAUGAGUCAGAUGUGAUUGCCAUGAUGACGAAAGAAGUGGAGCUUGGAAAAGUCAAGUGUCACAGAUACUGGCCUGAACCUCCACAGGACUCUCUAGACCUCAGUGAAUUCCAUCUGAGGCUGGACAACUGCCAGAUCUUGGAAUAUUUUAUCAUCCGAAUAAUAGAAAUAAUUAACAAGCAGACAGGAGAGAGACGCUUCGUAAAACACUUGCAGUUUACCACGUGGCCAGAUCAUGGUACUCCCAGACUGAUAGAGCAUCUCGUCAAAUUCAUUCGCUACAUGAGAAAAAUUCACCAGACGGGCCCCAUAACGGCCCACUGCAGCGCUGGGAUUGGAAGGAGCGGGGUUCUGCUUUGUAUUGAUAUUUUGCUGAGCUGCAUUGAAAAAGAUCUAUGUUUCAACAUCAAGCAGAUAGUGAAAGAGCUGAGGCAUCAGCGAUUUGGCAUGAUUCAGACUAAGGACCAGUACCUAUUCUGCUACGAAGUAGUGCUGCAAGUGCUGCAGAACAUUGAAACCAUAGAAUCCCGUCUCCUCCAAUAAGAACCUCUGCUAUUG